AUGUCAAUUUUACCAAACAUUAUUUCAAAUCAUCAAACUCCUCCUCCAUCAACAAAAACAAGAUUGAUUUUAGCAUUUUUACUUCUUAUUUUUCCAAUUCUCAUUAUAGUAAAAAAUUACCCAUUAAUCUCAAAUAGUAGUCUACUUUCAAGUGCAUCAUCUUUCUCUUCCCAAAUUCUCUCAUUUUCAGACUCUACUACUUGUGAUAUAUUUGAUGGAAGAUGGCUAUUUGACAAUAAUUCCGAACCCAUUUAUUCACCCGGGUCUUGCCCGUUUGUUGAACGUGAGUUCAAUUGUAUCAAGAAUGGCCGUUUUGAUCGCACUUAUCUUAAGUACCGGUGGCAGCCUUAUGGAUGCAAUAUUCCAAAGUUUGAUGCAAUGAAGAUGAUGGAGAUGUUAAGAGGGAAGAGAUUAGUAUUUGUGGGAGAUUCACUAAAUAGGAACAUGUGUCAAUCUUUAAUUUGUUCUUUGAAGAUGUUUAAAAUCAACCAAUUAUCAAGAUCAAGAGAUUUUCAUUCCUAUCAUGUCCAGGAUUUUAACAGCAGCAUAAUAUUCAUCACAGCACCCUUCCUAGUCCAACAAAGGCAACUCCCAGGAAGAAGAGAUACAUUAAGGAUUGACACAAUGGAAGGUAGUAUCUCCAAAUACCAUGAUGCUGAUUUUCUUAUCUUCAACACUGGUCAUUGGUGGAAUCAUAACAAGUCUAGAAAUGGGGAGAAUUUUUUCCAGGAGGGUGAUAGUAUACACUAUAAAAUGGAUGUAGGAGUAGCAUAUACCAAAGCAUUAAACACUUGGGCAAAUUGGGUUGAUAAAAAUGUAAACAAAAACAAAACCCAAGUUUUUUUUGCAGGCUAUUCCAAUACUCACUUCCAAGGAGGUGAUUGGGAUACAGGAGGAAGUUGUGACAAAGAAACAGAACCAAUAACAGAUGAAAAAUCAUUAACAUCAUAUCCAUUGUCAAUGCAAACUCUUGAAACUGUAAUUUCAAGAAUGGAGACUCCUGUGGUGUAUCUAAACAUUACAAGAUUGACUGAUUACAGAAAAGAUGGGCAUCCAUCCAAGUAUCGACAGCCGGGAAGUCGAGGUGGUUUCCAAGAUUGUAGCCAUUGGUGUCUUCCUGGUGUGCCAGACUCAUGGAACCAACUUUUGUAUGCCUCUUUGUUACUCUCUUUAGAACCAAGCUCCAACAAAAAUACUAAUUUAGUAUUAUACUUUUACACAUUGGUCUUUUUGUGUACUCUAUUCUUCAAAAAUCUUGGAAUUUUGACAUUUAAGUUAGGUUUGGUUGUUAAGUAUUAA